UAACCUUGUUAAGUUUGUCUUUUAUGCAGAGUAAUUUAAACUCCACCCCCAAAAGAAUCUCCACUUCAAGAUUCAUACUUGGUGUUCAGCAAAAUAGGAGUCGCUGUGGGACCAACUUUGUUUAAAGAACACGGAUCAUGUUCUCAAAUAUAGUGUGUCAGAAAAUGCUGCUAACAUUCACAUCAUUCUUUGUAAUUACCUGGAUAAUAUUUGUAAUUUCUCAAAAUUCUGCAAAGCUUUGGACCACUCUAAAUGCACCCAUAUCUUUCCAUCCCUGGAACACAUCCAUGAAGUCCUCACAGUCAAAGUUAUCAACAGAGACUAAGAUCAGAGAGGACACCCCUAAAAUGACAGGCCACCAACAAGACAAGUCACCAACAGAGACAGAGCUGAAAGUCAGGGAGAUUCUGGAGAAGCUAGAUCGACAGAUCCCUCCCAGACCCUUCACCCACCUCAACACCACCACAAGCGCUGCACACAGCACGGCCGCCAUCCUCAACCCUCGAGAUACAUACUGUGUAGGGGACCAGCUGGACAUCCUGGUAGAGGCUAGAGACUACCUAAGAAACAGGAAGGGGUAUGGUGGGGACUUCCUGAGAGCCAGGAUGUCCUCCCCAGCCCUGAAGGCAGGCGCUUCUGGAAAGGUGACAGACUUCAACAAUGGCACCUACCUCGUCCGCUUCACUCUGUUCUGGGAGGGCCCGGUCUCCCUGUCUAUCCUGCUCAUGCACCCCAGUGAAGGGGUGUCAGCUCUCUGGAGAGCCAGGAACCAAGGCUAUGGCAGAAUUGCCUUCAAAGGUACUUUUGUUAAUGGCACGUCCCGGGUCACAGCUGAAUGUGGCCUGACCCUAAACUCAAGCAAUGAACCAUGCAAAUACCUGUACCGUGGUGGCGAGCAAGUCUUCUAUUGCAUGAAGCCUCUACACAUGCCCUGUGAGGCCCUGACCCACGUGUGUACCAGGCAGCAAGGUGUUUCUUAUCUCACUGCCAAAGAAAAAGACCUUUUUCAGAAGUCCAACAUAGGAGUUGAAAUGAUGAAGCACCCUAAAUAUAUUGCUGUCUCCCAAUGCAACAAGAGUGAAAACGUGAGAAAGAAAUGUGAGAUUGGAAUGGAGAUUCCCAUACCUAGCGGUUACACUUUACGAGGAAGGUGGGUAACAGCCCAGUGCACCCAGCGCCUGUUUAACUCAAGUCAGAUAAAUGACUGUUUGAAGGGAAAGCUCAUUUACCUCCUGGGAGACUCCACACUGCGCCAAUGGAUCGAGUACCUUCCCAAGGUUGCAAAAACACUGAAGCCUUUUGACCUUCAUGGAACUGGACUAUAUAAGAAACAUUUGCUUUUGGAUGCUGAAAGGCACACAUUGGUUCAAUGGAAGAAACACAGCCACCCCUUCAUCACUGUCAAGCUCUACUCUGUGAUAGAUGAUGGUUAUAUCCCUCAGGAGAUUGACCGCUUACCAGGCGACAAAGAUACUGUCAUAGUCAUUACCUUGGGCCAACACUUCAGACCCUUCCCCAUGGAACUUUUCAUUCAUAGAGCUAUCAAUAUCCAAAAGGCUAUUGAGCGGCUCUUCCUCAGAAGCCCUGAUACUAAAGUCAUUAUUAAGACAGAAAAUGUUAGGGAGAUGAACCUAGAUACAGAGAAAUUCGGAGACGUCCAUGGCUAUAUUCAGUAUCUAACCACAAAGGAGAUUUUCAAAGACCUUUAUGUGGGUACCAUUGAUGCCUGGGACAUGACCAUUGCAUGUGGUACCAAUAUUCUCCAUCCACCUAAUGAAGUGAUUGGAAAUCAGAUUGACAUGUUUUUAAACUACAUUUGCUAAAAAGUACAUCACUGGGAGCCAGUGUUGCCCAGCCAUACCACGUGAUCCGUCAGUGAAGUUUUAUUCAAUUUAGGAUUUUAAAAAAAAAAUCAAAUUUAAAAGAAUCUGUUUUGGAAUAGAGAUGUGACUAAGCUGAGCGGGUGUCUGCUCAGCAUGAAGCCUGGGGUUCAGCUUCCAGCACCACAUAAGCAGGGUAUAGUGGCACAUGCUUGUAAUUCCAAGACUCAGGAAGAUCGGAAGUUAAGGUAAUCUUUGUCGUAUAGUCAGAUCAAGAAGAGCCUGGGCUACAUGAGAAUAUUCCUUGGUUAAAAAUAAUAGUCAUGAUCGUGACAGGAAACAUAUCUAAAAACAGUGACUACAGAGAGGGAAUAUAAAGCCAGGAACAGUAAGUGCAAAGGGCCAUCCUAGAAUGUACUGUUUACCUCUGCGUUGGUAAACACCUUUAUUUGUUAGGCAAGCUUGAAUCAUGAUUUCUGUUACUCUUGGCUAAACCAAAUGUCAAAGACAGCAGCAUGUCAUUGUCACUAUUAUCUAAUUUUUUUUAUAUAAAAAAAGUUUUCUGCAAAAGAACAGAAAGUAAGUUUUCUAUGUUUGGAGGGCUAUAUAUUUCCUCUGUCACCAUAUUUCAUUCUGCCACCAAGGCACAAAACAAGACAAAUAUGUAAGCAAAUAAAAAUGUUUUUGUUUAAAAAAAAAAAAAAACCUCCAGUAAUAAACACUAAAAAUUGAAUCUUAUUUAAUGUAUGUAUGUUAGAAAAUGUUAUUAUUCCUUUUACUUUCCCCUGCUAUUUUUAAAAAUCAUGGACCACAGUAACAAAUAAAUAAAUAAAUAAAUAAAUAAAUAAGCACAGUUAAGCACACAGAGACUGACAUGUUCAGCCUCCAGGCUAUGAUUUGCAGACAUCUCAUUUGAAACAAAUAACAACAACAAAAUAGGAAAACUUGAACAAAAAUCCCUCAAAAACUAAUGAGGAAAACAUUGUCAAACUAAAAGUAGGGGGAAACUCCACCCACUGAAAAAAAUAGUCAAUCGGAAAACCACAAGAAAUGUUUCUCACUGAACGAAACACAACAGUUAUCUCUCAGGAUGUUGGUGGCAUGUGGCUUUUCCUGGGGAGACAAGAGCAUGCACACUCUGAGCUCAGAUAACACACUGACAGAAGAAACAUACAACUUCCCCAAAUCAAGCUGAGCAUACAGGGAAGUUUGGAGGAGUUGUUUAAGAGUUUAGAUGCCUUUUUCUGUACACUGCUGGACAAUCCAGGACCUUUAACAUGCGGGGUACUACCCACCACUAACAAGAGACAGCUCUAGUCCAUCUCUCAGGUUGAAAAGCUGGAGACAGACUUUGGAAUGUUGUUCCUCAGUAAGGAAUCAAGCUAGGAAACUCUGCCUGAGAAAAACAGAUGUCAGCCAAUAUUCUUCCACAAGAUUCCUUGGUAUCUGCUGUUAUGUCCACUUUUUGUUUCUGAUUUUGUAAAUUUGGAUAGUCUCUCU